AUGGCUAUGCCGUCCAUACCUAUAACAGAUCGAUCUGCUAAAGGUGCUUCUGUGAGCAAUUUUGAUUAUGUAAAAACAGGCAUGGAGAUGGAAUAUUCAGAGGAUGAUAAGAAAACAAAGCUGGCCUCUUUAAAGAAGGUAGCAAUCAGUGCAUCUUCGAAGUUCAAGCAUUCCUUGCAGAAGAAGGGGAGGAGGCAUAGCAGGGUUAUGUCUCUUGCUAUUGAGGAUGACGUUGACGCAGAAGAGUUGCAAUCAGUUGAUGCUUUUCGCCAAACACUCAUCUUGGAAGAGCUAUUACCCUCAAAACAUGAUGAUCAUCAUAUGAUGUUAAGGUUCUUGAGAGCAAGAAAAUAUGACAUUGAGAGAACAAAACAAAUGUGGGCAGAUAUGCUUCAGUGGAGGAGGGAGUUUGGUGCUGACACAAUUAUGGAGGAUUUUGAAUUCAAGGAGAUAGAAGAAGUUCUAAAAUACUACCCGCAAGGGCAUCACGGUGUUGAUAAGCAAGGACAACCUGUUUACAUAGAAAGGUUGGGUCAGGUUGACUCUAACAAACUGCUACAAGUCACAACUUUGGAUCGCUAUCUUAAGUACCAUGUGAGAGAGUUUGAGAGGACAUUCGCUGUUAAGUUCCCUGCAUGUUCAAUCGCAGCCAAGAAACACAUUGACCAAAGCACAACUAUCUUAGAUGUGCAGGGAGUGGGUCUCAAAAGUAUGAACAAAGCUGCAAGGGAUCUCAUCCAGCGUCUACAGAAGAUUGAUGGUGACAACUACCCUGAGACCUUAAAUCGUAUGUUCAUCAUUAAUGCUGGUUCUGGAUUUAGGCUAUUGUGGAACACCGUUAGGACAUUCCUUGACCCUAAGACCACCGCCAAAAUCCAUGUCCUAGGAAACAAAUACCAGAGCAAGCUGCUUGAAAUCAUUGAUGCCAGUGAACUUCCGGAGUUCUUGGGUGGUACUUGUACCUGUGGAGACAAAGGUGGUUGUUUACUUUCAGACAAGGGACCAUGGAAUGACCCAGAAAUCUUGAAGAUGGUUCAUAAUGGCGAAGGAAAAUGCAAGAGGAAAACCUUAUCCAGAUUUGAGGUGAAAACUAUCAUUGAAGAAGAAACAGCGUGUCCAAAGGAUUGGGAUUCUUUAAACAAAGAACCUGAAGCCAUGGAGCAUCCUGGUGCUGCUCCAAAUGUGGCCUAUGGCCAAGUGAUUGACAAGCCAGUGAAUACAUCUUGGAAAAAAGCUGGAAAAAGUGAUGAGUUAGCCCUUUCUACAGAUCACUUGCCUAGAAACAAUAGUUCUAAUGGGUUUAGAAUCUCGUUUACUGGUGGACUCAUGUCGAUUAUUAUGGGAGUGAUAACAAUUAUCCGCAUGGCAAAGAACAUGCCAAGGAAAAUCGCUGGAGCUGACAUGUAUGGUAACACAUCAUAUUGUGAUGGGAACAUGAUGAAAGCACCUGCCCUUUGCAUGGAUGAUCAAAUGGCCAUGAUGAAGCGCAUGGCUGAACUAGAAGAAAAGGUGAAUUUCCUCUCUACGAAACCUGUAAUGCCACCUGAGAUAGAAGAAUUGCUGAAUAAUGCUCUUAACAGAGUCAGCACGCUGGAGCAAGAGUUGGCUACCACCAAAAAGUCACUUGACGAUACCCUUUCUAGACAUGUGGAGCUUCAGGCUCAAAUUGACAAAAAGAAAAAGAAGAAGUUUAUUGGCUUGCUUCGCAGAUUCUAUCUUGAAGAAGUCCGAAGAAAGUCAAGUUCCGUAAAUUCAUUUUUACCUGGCCAAAUUAUUCUUCUCAUAAUCUUACCAUCUAAAAAAAGAUUUCUAAAAGUCUCGUGGAUUCACGCGGGCUACAUUUCCCCACUCUUUUUGAAGUAA